CGGAUAUAGUGAAUGCGGGGUCCGGGGAGAGCGGAUAUAGUGAAUGCGGGGUCCGGGAGAGCGGAUAUAGUGAAUAGGGAUAUAGCGAAUGCGGGGUCCGGGGGAGGGGAUAUAGCGAAUGCGGGGUCCGGGAGACUGGAUAUAGUGAAUGCGGGGCCCGGGGAGAGCGGAUAUAGGGAAUGCGGGGCCGGGGAGAGCGGAUAUAGGGAAUGCGGGGCCCGGGGAGAGCGGAUAUUAGGGAAUGCGGGCCCGGGGAGAGCGGAUAUAGGAAUGCGGGGUCCGGGGAGAGCGGAUAUAGGGAAUGCGGGGUCCGGGGAGAGCGGAUAUAGCAAAUACGGGGUCCGGGGAGAUCGGAUAUAGCAAAUACGGGGUCCGGGGAGAGCGGAUAUAAAGCGAAUGCGGGGUCCGGGGAGAGCGGAUAUAGCGAAUGCGGGGUCCCGGGGAGACUGGAUAAGUGAAUGCGGGGUCCGGG